AUGGGUGGUUGUUGUUCUAGACGCAUUAUUGAGCAAGACGACAACAAAUUUCGUUAUAUUGAUGGCAGACGGUACCAUAAUAUUUCUGAUUCAGAAUAUAUGAUACCCAAUGAUGACGAAGAGGCUUAUCGUUUAAUGCGGUAUCAUGAAGCGAUAAAAGAUAUUUGGGGAGGAUUAUUUAAUUCACCUAUUGAAGAAAAGUUGAGACAAGGAGCUCGAGUAAUUGAUAUAGGAUGCGGUACUGGAACUUGGAUUUUGGAUAUGGCAAAACAAUAUCCUAAAUCACAUUUUAUAGGGGUAGAUUUAUCACCAAUAUUUCCAUCAGAAGGUUUUCCUGUUAAUGUAAAUUUCAUCGAGUACAAUCUCCUAGAUGGGCUUCCAUUUGAAGAUUUACAUUUCGACUUUGUCCAUCAAAAAUUUCUUAUUUCAGCUUUCACAGAAUCACAAUGGAAAGAGAAAGUUAUCCCUGAAUUAAUAAGAAUAACUCAAGCAGAUGGUUGGAUAGAGCUUUUAGAAGCAGAUUCUGGUUUUGUUUCCAAAAUGAGCACUACUAAACGAAUUUGCGAUGCUUUUAAAACUGUCUUGACAUCAAAAGGAAUAAACAUAAAGAUUGGCGAAAUUCUCCCGAGCUUGUUAGAAAGCACAAAUGCGUUUUCAGAAGUAAGAUACCAAAAAAAAUCUAUCCUUUUAGGCAAACGUGGUGGACAAAAUGGAGAGGAGACAUUUAAGUUCGUUUCAAGUGCUCUCAAACCAACCAGAGGUUGGUUACCUGCUAUGAUUGACAUAAUGCCUGAACAUUUUGAUGCACUUUUGGAAAUCUUUACCAUUGAGGUAGAACAAAAUGAUACUUUUCUUAAUCAGCAUCGCAUUUGUGGACAUAAGCAUAACGAUAACAUUUAG